AUGAGAAUCUUACAAAGCAAAGGUUUGGGUGAUCCUGAAAAGUCUGAUGAAUUGUCUGCUAAAGAAAUUAAACAAAUACUUGAUCAUUCAUAUAUAGAAAUUAAUUCAAAUGAAUCACUUACACAUCUUGAAUGUCGUCAGGAUGGAGACCUAGAACUUAUAUUACAUAAAGAAAAAAAUAAUCAGGGUGGUGCUUUUUUAGAAACAAACAUGAAAAAUCAGGUUCACGACAUAUUCUUAUACCCUCUGAUUCACCUGGGUAAUUGGUUUAAAAAUACUCCAAUGGGCUAUACAAAACUUAGAAAAAUAAUAAAUGAUAUUGCAGCAAAUACUGGAAUUAAUCUUGAUAAUGGACGUAAAAUUACAAACUGUUCUUGUCAUUGUACUGCAAUUCAAAUGUUGAAAAAUAAUGAGCUUUCUGAUUCAGAUUUACAGAUCAAGACAAUCAUAAUCGGAAUCUUGGUAUAUGAUUCGAUACCAUUAUUCAAAACUCCGGUAUCAUCGAUCUCAUCACCAGUUGUAAACGUUGCACGAGUACCAAACAUAGGACAUUUUAUGAAUUGA